UUUGGAAUACCCGAAAAGUUCCGACUUCGCACUGCUGCAUUGGAACAUCCACAGUAAAGUUUAAUAAUUUUAAUUUGCGAAGAAUUGUGCGAAGGCAGGAAUUAGAUCAAAAUGGCAGUACGUCUAGCACAAAGGUUGAUGAAAACUCAAACUCCUUUCUUAUGUAGGAGCUACCCUAUGUUAGUUACCAAAGAGAAAACCGAGGACGUAGCCCAUACAAAGUCGUCUUUGCAGAAGAAAGUAACGGUGACUGAUAUUCCUCAAGCUCAGUAUGGCGGUCGACAUGCUGUCACUAUGUUACCUGGAGGAGGUAUUGGUCCCGAACUCAUGGGCUAUGUGCGGGAAAUCUUUGCUUACUGUGGUGCUCCCAUAGACUUCGAAGUUAUUGAUAUUGACCCGUCCACAGAGGGCAAUCAUGAUUUGGAAUAUGCCAUAACUUCGAUCAAACGUAAUGGUGUGGCCAUUAAGGGUAACAUUGAGACCAAGUCACAAACCUUGACUGAAAUUUCGCGCAACGUAGCUAUUCGUAAUGAGCUGGAUUUGUUUGUCAAUGUGGUGCAUUGCAAAUCACUUCCCGGUAUUCCAGCUCAUCAUAAAGAUGUUGACAUUGUUUUGAUUCGCCAAAACACUGAUGGUGAAUAUGCUAUGUUGGAACAUGAAUCGGUAAAAGGUGUUGUGGAAAGCAUGAAGGUAGUGACUGUCGAAAAUGCUGAACGUGUAGCCCGCUAUGCCUUCGAAUUUGCCCGCCAAAAUGGUCGCAAGAAGGUGACAACCAUUCACAAGGCCAAUAUUAUGAAAAUGUCUGAUGGCUUGUUUUUAGAAGUAGCCAAAAAGGUUCAUAAGGAUUAUCCAGAACUCAAACAUGAUAACAUGAUUAUUGACAAUACCUGUAUGCAGUUGGUAUCCAAUCCUCAUCAGUUUGAUGUUAUGAAUAUGACCAAUUUGUAUGGUACCAUUGUGUCCAAUGUAAUCUGCGGUUUGAUUGGUGGUGCUGGUUUGCUGUCUGGCCGCAAUUAUGGCGAUCAUUAUGCCAUCUUUGAACCUGGUACUCGUAACACUGGUACCGCUAUUGCCGGUAAAAAUAUAGCAAAUCCUUUUGCCAUGAUUAAUGCCAGUAUUGAUAUGUUAAAUCAUUUGGGACACAAGGAACAUGCCCGCGUUAUUCAAGAAGCCAGCUACGAGACCAUUGUCGACAGAGGCAUUAGGACACCAGAUUUGGGUGGAACCAACUCCAGCACUGAUGUUGUCCAUAGCAUUUUGGAUAUCCUCUCCAACAAGCGUGUUAACUGAUUCUUUUUUAACAUUGACUUUUCUGAUUUCAAGGGCUGGUCGCUAUGCUAAUACCACCAGUCCCCCUUUUGUUUAUUAAAUGAUGACACACUAUUUUCCUGACGUUUUAACUAUUCACUGCAAAGAAAUUCCACUUUUACUAUUCUACAGGCAUACUAGAUUAGAUGUAUUUUUCAUCUUAAACAUAACAUAACAGAGCUGGUCAAACAUAUAUUUACUUAAUGAUAUAAGACAAUUGGAUAAGCUCCUAUGAGAGGAAGCCUAAUGUUGAAUCAAAAUAAUUUACUUGAGUUUUACUUGACUGUAUACAACCCUUACUACAUGGAUUGACCCCCUUGAACAUAACAAUAUAAUUUUAAAGUUUAAUUGUUUUUGUUUUCACCUCUGUAUUAUUAUUAUUUAUAUUUUAUGAAUCUUUUGAUGUUUAAACAUCCCCCACUUAUAUGUAUUACAUGAAAGUCUCCUUUUUAUCUUUUGUUUUACUUUUUAUGAUUUUAAACAAUUUUCUUUUAGUUAUGUUUUUUAGUCAAAAGUUAUGUAAACAAUCAAAAAAUUAAAUAUUUAUCGAAUACAUGCAUGUUAGAUAGUCAAGUAAAUAAUUAAAUUAUUUGAAAACUUAAAAA